AUGCCGUCCCCCGCAGCCACAGUAGCCGCCAAGCCACCCAGCGCACACAGGGCCGCCGCCCCGCCAUCCAGCACCGCAUCCGCCCCCGCAGCCUCGCCGGUGAAGGCCUGGAGGGAGGACAUCGCCUCUGCCCCGAGACAGCACGACCUCGCGCAGGCCCGCAGGAGCCCAUCUGGGCCCGUGCGCGCGCCGCCAAGCCCCGCAACGCCCGCGCCACAGCACCACCGCCGCGCCCCGACCACGGCCAGGCCGCGCGCCACCACGGCCGCCUGCAGCCCCACCAGCGCCCAGCCGCCGGCCCACCGCGCCCGCCGCACCUCGACGCGCCCGGGCGAGCUCCUUCUCGCCAGGGGACGCGGGAGGGGGGAGAAACUGCCCCGCCGCCACCUUCCCCGGGGCGCGCACGGCUUUGCCGGCCCCCCUCCGGCGGCGGCGAAGCAAGGGAGAGGGUCGGGGUGGGGCUAG